UGAGUACACCCCAGGGGCGGACUGACCAUUUGGAAACUCGGGCACUGCCCGAGGGCCCGGGGUCAGUAGGGGGCCCCAUGAGAUGCCCCCGGUACCUUUUUCAUAGGCUUUUUUGAGUUUGGGCAAGGAUACAGGGGCCCCAUGAUCCCCUAUUGCCCGGGGGCCCCAUCAGUUGUCAGUCCACCCCUGUUUCCAAAUGGAGGCUUCCAUUCUGACCUUGGAUCUUGGCCGUAUAGAAUCAGCUGGCAGGCA